GUUUUAAAUAAAGCUUUGGCAGAACGCGUGGGUGAUAUUUCUAGAACACGCUGAAGUGGCACUACGGAGCUUUUUUUUGAACACACAGCGUUGAACUUAUUUUUGUAUUUUUAUUAAACCCGACGGGUAUCGAGCAUAACCCCCCCCCCACUGAAAACAAUGGCAGAGAGCGACUGGGACACCGUGACUGUGCUGAGGAAGAAGGGCCCGACUGCGUCCCAGUCCAAGUCCAAACAGGCUAUCGCCUCUGCUCAGAGACGUGGGGAGGACGUUGAAACAACCAAGAAAUGGUCUGCAGGGCAGAACAAACAGCAUGUUUUGACCAGGAACACAUCCAAACUGGACCGUGAGACGGAGGAGCUGCACCAUGAAAGGGUUCCCCAUGAGGUGGGGAAAGUCAUUCAGCUGGGCAGACAGGAGAAAAGCCUGACCCAGAAAGACCUGGCCACUAGAAUUAACGAGAAGCCUCAAGUCAUUGCAGACUACGAGUGCGGGCGAGCGAUCCCAAACAACCAAGUCCUGGGCAAGAUAGAGAGAGCAAUCGGGCUGAAACUGCGCGGGAGGGAGAUUGGACAACCCCUGGAGGCAAAACCCAAAAAGAAAUGAACACAAAGCCUCGAAAUCAGCCCCCCCUCUCCCCCCCUCUCCCCCCCUCCAGGUCCCUUUAUUCCCAGAGACUGUCUAAAACCUGAACCUGUCUCUCUCCCUCCCCCCUCUCUCUCUCUCCUGCAUCCCUCCCUCUACCUGGGCUGAUCUCACCUGCGUCCUGCCUGAGGACCUGGUGCUCCACUGCAUCGCAAGCUGCAGACUGACAAGUCAUCUUAAACACUCUCUCUCUCUCGACACACAUAAUCUAAUGAAUGAUUCAAUGCAUCACAAACUCUGAGGCUCUGUGUAUUUCUUUGCACUCAUGUCUGCUUAGGCUAUGGCAUGAUGAAUUCCACCUUUUUGAUAGUGACGUUAAAUCCU